AAAAUUAAUAUGAUAUUUUGUCUAUACGACAACAAAAACAGAAGAAACGCGGCGAUAGUAUUUUCAAAUGGCAAUGGAAAAAAGAGAAGAGUCUCAAGGGCCGCUUAUUGAAGAAGGAGACAGUCCGAAACUAAGAACGUAUAAACGACGGUGGUUUAUUUUGUUGAUGUACAUGAUUUACAACGCCCUUGGGUCUUUCCAGUGGAUUUGUUAUUCUAGCAUUACCAAUCUGGUGGUGGAGUACUAUGGUGUUAACAGCAUUUUGGUGGACUGGACUUCUAUAGCGUACAACGCUAUCUAUCCAUUGCUAGUUGUGCCGGCUUCCUAUAUUAUCGACAAACAGGGGCUUAGAGCAGCCGGAGUCCUGGGAUGCUGCCUGACCUUUUUGGGAACUAGCCUGAAACUGUUUUCUUUCCAUCGUGAUCGAUUUUACGUUGUAGUCAUCGGACAAAUCAUUCUGGCCAUCUCGAAUGUUCUUGUGGCCUGUCUCCCUUCAAAGUUAGCUGCUGUUUGGUUCAGCACUAAAGAAGUAACAAUAGCAUGCUCUCUCGGAGUAUUUGGAUCCCAAAUUGGAGUAGCUUUGGGAUACAUUUUUCCUUCGGUGAUAGUAAAUAACCAUGACAGUCCGGAAACGAUAGGUGAAGGAUUAAGAAACUUAACUUGGUUGCUAGUUUUAAUAGCAGCACCAGUGACCACUGGCGUUCUAUGUUAUUUUCCCAAUGAACCGCCAGUACCUCCUAGUAUAGUCCAAGCGAAAAUCCGAGACUCCAAGGAAGAUUUCCAAAACAAGGUUUUCUUCAAUUCAUUGAAAGACUUAUUUUUGAACAAACCAUUCGUGAUACUUAUGGUCGCUUAUGGUAUCAAUAUUGGCGUUUAUUCAGCUGUAUCUACACUUUUAAACCAGUUCAUCCUUCAGUAUUUCGAGGAUGCUGACACCGAUGUUGGUAGGAUGGGAUGUUGUAUGGUCCUGGCAGGACUGUGUGGUGCAAUUGGAUUUAGCAUUGUGCUGGAUAAAACACUUAAAUUUAAAGCAAUAACUAUAGUCAUAUACAUGUUCUCGAUCAUCAGUGUAGUCUUCUUCAUGUACGCUCUGGAAUCCAGAAUCAAAUGGUUGACAUAUUUGAGCUGUGCUUCUGUGGGAUUAUUUACCACAGCUUUCAUGCCAGUAGGCUUUGAAUUCGCAAUGGAGAUGACAUAUCCAGCCGAAGAAAGCACAACUUCUGGUAUAUUGAUGGCGAUGACACAAAUCUUGGGUGUAGUAUUCACCAUUUCGUUGGGCGUUUUAAACAAAAAUCUUGGGUGCUUUUGGGCUUUAGCCAGUCAAGCUUUUCUUCUGUCAAUAGGAGCAUUAGUUCACUUAUUCGUUCCUAGUAACGUAUUACUACGACAAGAUGCUCUCAAUCAAAUAAAUUACGGGUCAAAGAGAUUGGAACACCAUAGGUCUUCAAGAUUAGUUUAUAUACAGUAGAACUUGAUGACAUAUUCAGGACAGAUCUGAUCAGCUGAGAUUCUAGAAUCAAAGCAAUUCUUUGUAAGUCUAAAAAUACGAAAGUUUUUGACAAGUUAUUUAGUUACGCCUCUGUUAUUUAAAAAUUUAAAGAACGUGUUUAUAUACCUACUGUCCAUUGAUGGACAACAUUGAUGAAAUACACUGUGGUGCAAAAAAUCGAUCCACUAAAAAUUUUGUCAUUUUUGAUGUUUCGAAUUUCCUAAACCUGUUGUCCGAUUUAAGCGAUUUUUUACCACGUUAUAGCCUUAUUCAUUGACAAUAUCGCUGUAAUAAUAUUGUUUCUAGACAGUCAAACUGUCAUUGUAUACCGGGUGUACGAAUCAAACUGUGCUUUUCUCUCAAAGUUUUUUUUUUGAGUGAAUUUGAUGGCCUUGGCCGAGCUAAUUAGCCAGACAUUUUGUUAUUUUAAAAACAAACAAAUUUGAUUUUUCAAUCAGAGGAAUUUUUUCUGUAUUUCUAACUCUAAAUACAUAACAAACUAACAUUAUUAUCUACAAUUAUUAUCUAAAUAAUACUCUGUUUUGGUUGUUCAUUUUUUUUGUAAAUUUUUAUUUUUUUUUUGUAUUUUUUGUUGCAUUUUUUUUAUAUUGUUAAUUUGUUUUUUUUUUUAUUAUUUUUUUUUAUUGUUAUUUUUUAUAAAUUGUUUUUUUUUACUACGCUAAGACGUAAACCCGAUUCAUCCUCGCGGAGGUUUACAUCUUUUUAGUUUUUUUUUUUGCUUUUUUUAUUUUUUCUGUUUUUUUUUUUCUUUUCUUUUCUCUUUUUUUGUUCUUUUCUUUUUUCAAUUAUAAUAUACAAUAAUUACUUAAAUCUACAGGGUUUAAAACAAAAUAACAACAAAACAAACAUGUUUGUUUUGUUUUAACAAACUUGCCUGCUUUGUUUUAACAAAAUUUCUUAAAUACAGGGUAAAUUUUAUUGCUACAAUCUAUAUUUACAGUUUUUGAUAUGCUCGUAAAUUGUUUUUAAUAUAUUAAUAUCUUCAGAAAAUAUCAAAUUGUUCAGGUAGACGGGAAGUGGAAUUUUUAAUAUAUUAAGAUUAUCAUAUGUACAAACUGUACAUAUGAAGGGGGGUAAGAGCAUGAUUACAUCUCAUUCUAUUUAUAACUCUUAUGAAAUGGCGAUUUGAUACAGAAUGAAACCAUCUUUUAAUGGGAAUUUCAGGCUGCAUUUGUUUGUAAUUACUACCAGUUCUCGUGUUUCGAUAAUACCUUUGCCAAUUUUCUUUUUGGUGUCGUCUACUAAUAAUAUCAAUAUCCGAAAUGGGUGUAAGUUCAUGGGAAGUUCUUCGCCUAUUUCUAGAGCGGAUUUGGCUAGCCUGUCUACUAUUUCGUUACCCCUAAUGCCUGCGUGUCCCUUUAUCCAUGAAAUAAUGAUGUUUUUUCCUAAAUUUGGAAUUUUAUUAUAAAGAGUCAUAAUUUCCAGUUCUAUAUGAUUGAGUUAUUGGUACUUAUGUACGUUAGUUAGUCUAUCACGACACUCUUACUGUCUGUAAAUAUUAUGCAGCUAUAGGGUUCGUUACUAAAUAUGUGUCUUAAAUCAAAAAGUAUCGCUAUCAUUUCAGCGGUGUAUAUCGAUGAUUCACAAGGCAAUUUGAAUAAUUUUUUAAAUCCACUUUGAAUAUUGAUUAUUGCACAUCCUACUUUGUUUUGUACUUUGGAUGCAUCUGUAUAGUAAAACUGAUAGUGUGGCCAUUUAUGAAGUAUAAAUGAUUGAAAAACGGCUGGAUUUAAAUUAAUAUCCGUAAAAAAAGUAUUAAUUUGUUUUGAGAAAAUUUCUUCUAAUACAUGGGAAUCCAUAGGUGAAACUUGAUUUUCAUAAGUAUAGAAAGUACUUCGGUAUUGAGAUAUUUUCAAGUAACUAUCUACAAGAAGGGGACAUUUUUUCUUUGUCCAAUAUUUAUGAGUUAGAUCUAAAAUUGAUAACUUAUGUAUAUCCUGCAGAUAGUUUGUAUUUUUUCCUAUGGUUCUAGUAAUAAAUUUAUCACUUAAAAACUGUCGUCGAAAUUCCAGGGGUGGUUCUAUCGCCUCAACUUCCAUUAUAUUAACGGGUGUAGACUUCAAAUAUCCAAGACAAAGUCGAAGACAUUUAUUUUUUUGUAUUUCUAAUUUAUUCAAAUGUGUGUUUGCAGCAGUUCCAUACAGAUGACAACUGUAAUCGAAAAUAGGACGAAUCAUAGUACGGUAAAAUAAAAGCGCUAUAUUUGGAUCGGCACCCUAACUAGUUCUACAAAAGGCUCUUAGAAUAUUCAUUGCAUUCUCAGACUUUUUUAUGAUAUGAUGCAUGUGAUCCUUCCAUAGAAGUUUUCUGUCUAAAUAAGUACCGAGAUAUUUUAUACAAUUUUUAAUAGGAUAUUGAAUUUGACCUACUGCCAAAUGACCUUGUGGAAUUUGACGAUUUCUGGAGAAAAUGCAAAUUUCUGUUUUAGAUUCUGAUAUUGCUAAACCAAUAUUUUGAUAGUGAUUCAGAACAGCCUUAAUUGAGACAUUAAAAUUAUUUUUACAUAUAUCCAAUGAUUUGUGGGAUGUGUAAACUACUACAUCAUCAGCAUAUUGAAUAAUCUUUGUUGUGCUAUUAAUACAAUUUUCUAAAUCAAUAUUAUAUAAAAUAUAUAACAUUGGACUUAAUAUGCUACCCUGUGGUAGUCCUAUAUUUGUAAGACGUGGAGUGGAGAUGGAAUUGUUGAUUUUUAAAACCGUCCAUCUAUUAGUGUACAGUGUCCUCAGAAAUCUAGCUAAGUUGAUGAGAAAACCAAUGUCUACUAGUUUUUUAUACAUAAUGUCCAAAUUAACGGUAUCGAAUGCAGAAGAGACAUCUAGAAAAGCAGCCAUAGUAUACGCAUUAUCAGUAAAGUUUACUAGUAUAGAUGAGACUAAGGAAGUUAUCGCAUCUUGAGUUGAUUUUGAUUUUCGAAAUCCAUACUGAGAUUUUGGGAAAAUAUCUUCUUGCUCUAACCAGUGUUCAAUUCUAUUUUUUAUUAAUCUUUCUAACGUCUUUAGGAAGCAAGAAGCUAGGGAUAUUGGUCUAUAUGAACUAUAAGAAUUUUCUGGUUUUCCAGGUUUUUUAAUAGGUAUUAGAAUAUAUUCCUUCCAACUCUCUGGAAUUUGUGACGUGUCAUUCCAAAUUUCAUUAAAAAUAUGUAAUAAUGAUAUUUUAUAUUGAAGUGGUAUAUGGUAUAUCAUGGAAUAUGAAAUAUUGUCUUUACCUGGAGCACUGCUAUUUUGUUGACUAAGUACUCGAUCUAACUCCCACAAUUUAAAUGGUUGUUCUAAGCCAAACUUAUCCCUUGAAACUGUUUCGCUGUAUUCUGGAAAAUAUUGGGAAGGUACCCACUGAGGAGAUAUUUUAUUAUGAAAUUCAUCUAGCCAGCUUGAAUUUGGAUUUAUUGGAAACUUGUUGGACUGUUUGCGGUUUUUAAAGGCGUUUACUUUCUUCCAUACUUCACUGAUUUUUGUUUUGGAAUUAAGGCUUUCACAGUACUCUAUCCAAUUCUGUUUUUUCUUUUGCUUGAAGAGUUUUUUUUGCGACAGCAUCAAGUCUCUUAAAUUCAAAUAAAUUAUUCCUUGUAGGGCUUUGUUUAUAUUUUCCGUAUGCAAUUUUACGGUUAUCAGCAGCAGUUUUACAACUUUCGCAUCACCAUUGGUUUGAAAUUUGUCUCUUAUGUAUGACGUUAGAUGAAAACUUCGGUAUUGCUAAAUUGGCUGCUUUAUUGAUGUUUGCUAUUAACUGUUGAUAAUUACCGGGAGAAUUUUAGCUUCUAGUACAGAUGUGUAUAAGUCCCAAUCGGCCUUGUUAAGAUUCCAGAUCUUGUGAAAGUUUUCAGUUGGAGAUGAACUGUAUUAUCUGUUUCCAUGUUUAUGAUAAUCGGAAGAUGAUUGGAUCCAUGAGGAUCUUGUAAGACAUUCCACGUUAAAAAAUUUGAAAUAUCUUGAGUACAAAAUGUUAAGUCAAUAGCAGAUGGACUGUUACUAGUUGCUAAUGUGGGCGACCCAUCAUUCAGACAUAUCAAAUUACAAUGAUUAAUACUUUCUAAAAGUUUUGUACCAUAAUUGUCUUCAAUUUCACAGCCCCAUGCUAUACUGUGGGCAUUAAAAUCGCCACCAAUAAUAAAAGGUUUAGGAAUGUCUGUAAAGAAUUCCAACCAUUGUCUUUCAGAUAUCUGGGUUUUUGGUUCAAUGUAUACUGAGACAAUAGUAAUAGGAUUUUUGUUUCGAAAAAUUUGAACUGAAAUACAUUUAUGAGUGAAAGGAUGUCUAUUUUUAAGAUUUAUUUCUUCACAUCUUAUGUUUGAUUUUAAUAAAAUGGCAGUUCCACCAUACCCGUCUGCACGAUCUGAUCUAAAGCAAUUAUAACCUUUAAAAUUAUAAUAGUAUUUUGAUUUAAACCAGGUUUCUGAGAGUAAUGCUAUGGAAAUUUGAUUUUGAUAUAGCAGAUAUUCUAAAUUUACUUUAUUAGCUACUGCUGAACGACAAUUCCAUUGCAGCAUAUUCAUAUUUGUGAUGUCUGCGAAUUUGAAGACAAGGGUUAGUUUACAUGAUUACUAAUUAAUUGAACUAUUUCUGACUCUGAUACAUUAAAAUUGUUUGUAUGUUUUAUAUUAUUUAUAAUAUUGAGAACUACUUCUAAAACUAAACUUAUUGUUGAAUUUAAUUCCUCUGAUUGCGAUUUUACUCCAACUGAGUUUUUUAAAUAAUGUUGACUAUUAAAAAUUCCUCCCGAGACAAAAGAUGAGUUUGGUUGAGAAAGAAUUUCUUGUCUUGAAAUUUCAAUGGGAUUAGGGCUAAUUGGCCUGUGCCUUUUGUUUGGGCUUGAAGAUGUAGGAGAAGAAAACAUGUAAUUAGUAAAAUUAUUUUUAUACGAUUUGGGUUGUAAAUUCUGGGUCUGCGAGAAUUGGGGUUGAGAAGAAUGAGACUGUAUUAUGCUAGAUGGGGUAAGUCCAGAUUGAAUCCGUUGGGGAUAAUUUGUCGAGGAAAUUACACUAUUUUCCAUGGCAGAGGUAUUAAGAGCGACUAUGUUGGCGUAUGUAUUUUUUGGGACCUGUUUAUUUGCAUCAAAGAAAUUAACAUUGGAAGCGCUCAUGGUUUCCUUCACAAUUUUUUGCCUUUUAAAUUCUGGACAAGAAGAUAAAUUAGUUGUAAGGUGAUUUCCUUGACAGCUAAAGCAACAUGAUAGGUAGUCAGUACUAGUACAAUCUUUUGUGGUGUGGGAUUCCUGACAUUUACUACAUCUCGGUCUACUUCUACACUGACUACCUAGGUGGCCGAACCGAAGGCAGUUAUAACAUAAUAAUACCUUUUGUUUGUAGGGUUCUACUUCCUUAAUAACCUUAUUAAUAGAAAUAUAUUUUGGCAAAAUUUGAGAUUUAAAAGUAACAAUGCAAGACUUAGUGGCUACAUAUUCUAUUGACUUACCUUCAUCUGUAAUUUUUUCUACUUUACGGUUUAUUCUUUUGACGUUAGAAACUUCAAAAUUGCAAUGUUGAUCAAAUGGUUUUAUUUUAUCUUUUAUAUACGCAUCCGAAAAGUCUUGUUCAAUAUCUCUAAUGACGCCCUGUCUAUGAAGAAUAAAUUUUGGAAUGUACAAUACAAAGUUAUUUUUAACAAAAAUGUUAUCGUUUUUAUGAGUUAUUAGAAAAUUCGCUGAUUUAUAAUCUUUUAACUUGAUUCUAAUCCUAUUCCGACCUAUAGAAUCAAUACUAAUAAUUUUGUUGUCUAUUUGCGGGAAGUUAGAGAGAAUUAUAUCUCCGAUUUUAAGAGCAUUUAAUUUGCCUUUGAAUUCAGCUGUAUUAUUUUCAACAUAAAUAUGGUAUGGCCCUAAAUCAGUACUUACAUACAAAAAUUCCUCUCUUUCUUUUGACAUAAUAUUGUCGAUUUUAUCAUUUGUUGACGAAUUUUGAUUAAUUAAUAAAUUAUUAUCAGUACUUACCGGAUUAUUUUCAUUGGAAAUGCUAUUUUUAUUAAAGGUUGUCACCUGUCUGACUGGACAAAUAUCCAUACUUACAUCUUUAAUUAAACUUAUAUUUUUUUGAGGUAUAUCUGGGGGUACAGGGUCAGGGGGUUUCCCCCGACUUGCAGGUCCAUUUAAUUGGUUUUGAACACUCUAUCCAAACUUCCUUAUAUACCACCAAAUUUGAACAACUAUUUUAAGACACAAUUUUAAUCGGAUACUGUUUAAUUUGGUUUUACUCUUGCCGAUAAACACGUCUGAAUAGUAGGUGAACUACAGUAGAACUUUAAUGAAAAAAAAACGCUAGAAACUAAUAUUUUGUUCGGAGAAAUUUAAAAUAUUGGUUUUCACUUUUUUUUCUCAAAGUUCGCAUCACGCUGUGGAUUAUUCUAUCAUUUAUAAAAUACUGAAAUUAAAACCCAACUAUAGCCUCAGGUUUUUUAACAUUUUGUCUUUCGAUUCAUUCGCUUAUGUUCGAUAAUAAAAAAGUUAGGUACUGUAACAACUGGCCAUGUUCGUCAUCAGUACAGGGUGUUUUCUAAAUAAGUGCGACAAACUUUAAGGGGUAAUUUUAGAUGAGAGAAUAAUGACAAUUUGCUUUAUAAUCAUAUGUCCGCAAACGCUUCGUUUCUGAGAUACGGGAUGUUCAAUUUUUUUUACAAACUGACGAUUUAUUUAUUGCUUUAAAACCAAUUAAGAUAUGCAAAUGAAAUUUGGUGGGUUUUAAGACGUAGUUAUUGCAAAUUUUUUAACAUACAAUUAAAAUUGUAUAUUCACCAUUGGCAUGCGUACGGGUAAUAUUAUCGGUCAUAAUACCCGUUUGCGCGCCAAUGGUGAAUAGCAAUAAAUAAAUCGUCAGUUUGUAAAAAAAUUGAACAUCCCGUAUCUCGGAAACGAAGCGUUUGCGGACAUAUGAGUAUAAAGCAAAUUGUCAUUAUUUUCUCAUGUAAAAUUACCCCUUAAAGUUUGUCGCACUUAUUUAGAAACACUCUUUACUGAUGACGAACAUGGCCAGUUGUUAAAGUACCUAACUUUUUUAUUAUCCAACAUAAGCGAAUGAAUCGAAAGACAAAAUGUUAAGAAAACCCGAGGCUAUUGUUGGGUUUUAAUUUCAGUAUUUUAUAAAUGCUAGAAUAAUCCACAGGUUGAUGCGAACUUGUACACCCGGUAUACAAUGACAGUUUGACUGUCUAGCAACAAUAUUAUUACUGCAAUAUUGUCAAUGAAUAAGGCUAUAAAGUGGUAAACAAUCACUUAAAUCGGACAACAGGUUUAGGAAAUUCGAAACAUCAAAAAUUAUCAAAUUUUUAGUGGAUCGAUUUUUUUUGCACCGCAGUGUAUUUUCCUAUUUACUAAUUGCUGUACAAUUUUUCACCCCAUGUUUGUUUUCGUAUUGAUAUAUAAUCAUUUAUCUGCAACUUUCUGGAUUUAUUGUUGUACAAUAAAUUGUUGUUAAUAAAUGAGUUCAUAAUAAUAUAUGAAAUUUGUUGUGUUUUGAAUAGCAAACGUUAUUGUAAGAUUUAUUUACAAUUAAGCUUAGGAUGUGCGAUUUAGGAUUUAUUUAUUUUGUAUAAAACUGUUUUUAAUAAAAAAUAUCUAUCUUA